GACAUUCCCAGUGAAGCCCUGCGUACCCUACUGUCAAUAUGCCCCCAGUCUCAGGGAGGGGCUGGGAGAAUGUGUUGUGGUUUUUGCAUGAGGACUGGACCUCCAGAUCAGCUGGACCUGACUGAGGUGGGGUUCAAAGUGCCGGGAGGUGACCGACACAGUCAGGAGUCAGUGAAGAGGUUUGUGGAAGUAGAAUAGGGUUCUGGCUGUGGAGGUAUGAGGGUGGGGGCAGCAGCGCUCGCUGCUGGGCUGUGCGGGGGCCUGGGGACGUUGUGUUUCCUGCUGGCCUUCGGCACGGAUUACUGGCUGCUGGCGAGUGACAACUGCGGACCGUACGCACGGCAGAUGCGACCCGGAGGCGGAGCGGUGGGCAACGGUACCGAGGAAGUGGUGGCCGUGACGCCUUCCUCUCUGAUCCUUCACCACGAGGGCUUCUUCUGGCGCUGUGCGUUCCACGCAGAACCCGGGGCCCACGCAGGCUGGGCCAGCCUCUUCAGACUGGUGUCUUUGGUUUUAGAUCGAGUGGUGUUCAAAUGGUUUAGGAUGGAGGACGAGGGUGAAGGGGAGGGAUUACAGCCCUCCACCCGGGACGGCCCAACACAGAGGUGA